GCUCGGGCGUUCAAUAUUCAGGCCAACUCGCGGACGUGUGGGCAGUGGGGGCCACGCUAUACAUGCUCAAAUUUGGAAACCCACCGUUCAUUGCCAAGAGCGCCCUUCAAGUGUUUGACAAGAUCCAGAACGACCCCCUUGUGUUUCCCACGGCCAUCGACGCGCUCUUAGCCGACUUUCUGGGCGGAAUCAUGACCAAGGACCCAAUGAAACGACUAGCUCUACACGAAGUUAUGAUGCAUCCGUGGAUCACGAAGGAGCGCCUCCCCCCCGGCCGACAGCCAUCCCCGCCCAAGCCUCUGGCAUCGUCGGUCCCCAUCACUGUCUCGGUGGAUGAAAUCAACAGUGCCAUUCACGAAUCCCCCACUUCGUCCCUUCCAGCCGUUCGGGUCCAGUCGCAACUCCCCUUCCCCGUGAGCCCCAAAGGUGCCCCCUUGGACAUCAUCACCCCAAAAUGUCCUCCAUCAUCAGCGAACGGUUCGCACAAACCAGAUGCCAGCGGAAUCCCGACGAACACUCCCACGAAUCCCAAAUGCAAUGCUGACCUCCAAGUCCUGCACGCCGAACAAGGCAGUAGCCGACGGCGACUCACGUCACCGACCAACAAACGGAAGUUCGUCCUCACCAACGAAGAGACCCACUACCGGUCGGAGCGAUUUGCCCAAAAGCGCAGCCACCCCAAGCUCGUGCCAUCAGGGGACGAUGCAUUGGCAGUGUCCACGCACGGCAUCGAUGUUGAGACUGACAGCGACGACGGCGACGACGAAAACGACGAUGUGCUGGACGACGCCGAAGCCAUGUACCAGUCCUCGAAUCGAUUGGACGAACUGCUCUUGACCACGCUGGCCCCCACACGCCACACGGUCCUCCCCACAAUCAAGGCGAACCUGUCGUCGUCGUUGUACUCGAACACACCCCAAUCCGUGACAGAACAUGCUGGCAAUCCCCGCUUGCGAGUUCGCAUGGGUGUGUCGUCCAUGCAAGGGCGUCGAAGCACCCAAGAAGAUCGAUGGGUGGCCAUCCCCAACGUACAUGCUCAUGCAGAGGACCAAGCCGUCGACGCCAUGGUUCGCCAUGGAGAACAAGCAAACAGCCUGGCGUUUGUCGGGCUCUACGAUGGCCACGGAGGCGACGGUUGCGCUGCGUUGCUGCAAGAACGGCUGCAUGUCCAUCUGUUCCAACACAUGGCCGUUCCCCUGCCCGAGGCAGCCUCUUUGAUCGUAACGCUGCAGCAGCUCUGUGUAGCCUUUGACGCCACCGUGUGCGACGAACUGUACGCGUCCGACAGUCCCAGUGGAUCAACCGCGACGUUUUGCAUCCUCGACGGCACUGCUUCGGGGGCUCUGCGCCUUGUUGUGGGACACGUAGGGGACUGCCGCGCUUUGUUGUGUCGAAAGGGGAAAUGCAUACCCUUGACCAGUGACCAUCGGUGCUCGAGCCAGAGCGAGCACGACAAAGUGGUGGGGUCGGGGGGGUCGAUCUUCAACAACCGCGUGAACGGUGUGUUGGCCAUCACGCGGACGUUUGGGGACUUGGAAUUCAAAGGACGGGAAGUCAAAGCUGCCCAGCAAGCCGCGCAAGUGUACUCCCAGGAAAGCGUCGGGACAGUUCUGGACGCGACGCCGGACGUGGUUAUUGUCGACGUCCAGCCAGACGACGCGUUUGUCCUGUUCGCGUGCGACGGCGUGUGGGAGGUCAUGACGAACGACGUCGCAGUUGCAUUCGUACAGUCUCGAUUACAGGCGCACGGCAGCAUCCACGUGGCUGCCGACGAGCUGGCGCACGAAGCCAUCCAACGGCUUUCAAGCGACAACGUUACGGUUGUGUUGGUGCAGCUGAAUAGUCAUUUAGUAGAGUCGUUGUAGGUUCGUUGCCAGGUUAACAUUAUUUAUUCACGACAGUGCUCCGCCGCAUCCCCACAAUGCACACAUCUCGCGCUCGAUGGCGGAGUCGUGGGAACUUUUCGCCAUGGUGACUUGGGCUAAAUGCGCCUCCAGUCGACGGAUGCGUUCUUGGAACUGAGCUUCGGCGCGGCGGCGCUGCUUGGUCACUAGUUUCGCCGCGAGUUGUCGAUGUAUAGUUGGGUAUAUGUCGUAGGAAUGCAAUAUCGUUUAGAAUGUAUCGGGAGUGUAUAUAUGUAGUGGAAAGGAU